AUCUGAAUAAGUGAUGCAAGUCGUAUGAAACGACACUAGUGUGAAAAUCCGUUCCGGGUUUUUCUUUGGCUCAGACUGGAUGAUUUGUGUGAGCACACACGGGGCAGAGAGAGGAGAGAUACGGGUAUGGAUCCGUAGCUCUAGCCGCUGUCCGUCUCGAUUCCCGGGACUGUCGUUAUGAAUACAGUGAGGCUCGAGCUUUGAGUCGUGCAUGGUAGGUUUGAAUGAGAGUAGGGACGCACAGCGGCGGGAAACAAAGGCGCGCACGCUUCGGUGCAAAGGAGCAAGCUGGCUGCGCGGCGGGGGAUGCACGGGCACAAUAGGGAAGACCACACUCUUCUGCUUUUAGGAGGACAGUGUUGCAAUAACAUUUCCCCCCAGACAAACAAGCCUCGCAGCGGGAAACAGGAAUUUGAAGCCGGACUUUACUUUUCAGGCAAAUGUUAUGUGAACAUGAGGACGGGCUUUGCACGGGACACCCAGGCGACUUGAUGGGGCUCUUUCAGGAUUUUUAAAAAUGCGCAAAUAGUCUUUUAAAAACGCACCCGCACAGCAAAGGAACAUUUAUCGCACCAACGCGAUUUUGAGCUGAGAUUUUUUAAUAUCAUUAUUAUUAUAUUAUUAUUAUUAUGCGCUCUGGAGAUCACCAGCUGUGGGUGAAAUCACGCUAGAAACACAUUUGACGGGAAUUUAUUUACUUGGAUUUGGUUUCUGAAGAAUGUACUUACUUGAUGGUAAUUACCCGGAAAGGAUGGAGCGGGGUACGCCACAAAGAAAAACCGUGUACCGGAUAUCUUUGACACUAGUGAAAAAAGAAACUCUGCAGGAUGGCGGAGGCUCAGCGCCCCGCCGGCUCGAGAACCCUAAAGUGAGCGCGCACCGGCGCGAGGGAGCCGCUGACGCUCCGCGCAGCUCUCCGCUGGAAGAACUGAAAGAAGUGGAGGACGAGACGGAUGAAUUUUAUGCACACUCAUACAUGAGGAACUUCAGGACAUUUAGUACUGGACAUCUAGAGUUGGGCAGGUUGAAAAUCCAAAGGAGGGCGCAACAUUCACAUAAAGACAAGGAAUUAAAUGAAACGUGCAUCCUGCCAGAGAAUGGACAGAGCAAGGUCAUUGAAAAUGGGGCACUAGUCCACAAAAAGGCAGAUGAUGUUGCUGAAAGUGACAGAUUGAAAUGUGAUGUUGAACAUGGAGAAAUCUGCAGCACAGCUGCUUCUAAUAGAGGAAGCACAGACAUUCGAAAAAAAAUCUUCAAGACUUCCCGGAGCACAGAGGAACCGGUCGGUACAUGGUCAGAUGAUACCUCAGAGGAACCAAAGGGUGACAGGACUGCCAAAGAGAGCUGUAUCUCUUAUUUGCUGGCUAAAGGGAAUGGGAAGUCAGCCAAACCAGCACCUGAAACCCCUCUGGUGAAGAGACACCCGAGUCUGCUGCGGCGAAGCUUCAGCUUUCGCCACUGGACGGGUGGAGAGUUGAUCCGCAUUCGGGCACUUUCCAAAGAGAAGCACCACAGCAGCUCGGGCUGCAUUGGCCACGAUGGAGAGCACAGCCAGGCCCAGGCCGGCGUGGUUCUUCAAAACAUGGCUUUCGCCGAGUCUGAGUCCACUGAGAAGCGAAACACCUUUGAUGUGGGUGAGGUCCUGAGCAAAACUGGCUCUGUGACUGUAAUGGGCCGCAGGGAGAGAAUGAAGGGCAAGAAUCGAACGCUGGACAACAGUGACCUGCUCAAGCUGUCGGAUAAAUCUUUAAUGGACAAGGAGGGUUUCAUUAGAGGGACAGGCUCCCGUUCCAGCGGACAGGAACGUAAACUCAUUCGGUUCUUCAGCGGUAUCUUCUCAAAGCGAGAUGGGACAUCCACGCCACUUAGCAGCCCCAGCAGCUGGGCUCUCCGGAAGAACAGCCUACUGGGAAGUCAGCGGAGAUCAGAAAUGAGCUACUCGCAGUCCAGCAGCGAAAGUGUUAACGGAUGCCAGCCGGACGAUGCCUUUGUCAACAGUCAGGAGUGGACACUCAGUCGCUCCGUACCAGAGCUCAAAGUGGGCAUUGUGGGUAACUUGGCCAGUGGAAAGUCUGCCCUGGUGCACAGGUACCUGACAGGGACGUAUGUGCAGGAAGAGAGCCCUGAAGCUGACGUGGAUGCAGGAGGACGUUUUAAAAAGGAGAUUGUAGUGGAUGGACAAAGUUUCCUCCUCCUAAUCAGAGAUGAAGGGGGACCUCCGGAGGCUCAGUUUGCGUUGUGGGUGGAUGCGGUGAUUUUUGUGUUCAGUCUGGAAGAUGAGAUCAGCUUUCAGACGGUCUACCACUACUAUAGUCGUAUGGCCAACUACCGAAACACAGCAGAGGUGCCCCUGGUGCUUGUGGGAACUCAGGAUGCAAUCAGUGCGGCUAACCCUCGCGUCAUCGAUGACACCCGCGCUCGCAAACUGUCCAACGACCUGAAGAGGUGCACAUAUUACGAGACCUGUGCUACCUAUGGCCUCAACGUGGAGCGCGUCUUCCAGGAUGUGGCUCAGAAAAUAGUUGCGACCCGGAAGAAAACGCAGCUGUCAAUCGGACCCUGUAAGUCACUGCCCAAUUCUCCAAGCCACUCCUCCGUCUGCGCAGCGCCUGUGUCUGCAGUGCAUAUCAGCCAGACCAGUAAUGGUGGGGGCAGUUUAAGCGAUUACUCCUCUUCCGUACCCUCCACUCCCAGUACCAGUCAGAAGGAACUGCGUAUCGAUGUACCCCAAACUGCCAACACCCCUACGCCCGUCCGCAAACAGUCCAAACGACGUUCCAACCUCUUUACGUCUCGGAAGGGAAGCGAACCAGACAGGGAGAAGAAAGGGGUGGAUGGCCGCGCAGACAGCAUUGGAAGUGGCCGUGCUAUCCCAAUUAAACAGGGCAUGUUGCUGAAAAGGAGUGGCAAGUCGCUGAACAAAGAGUGGAAGAAGAAAUAUGUCACACUUUGUGACAACGGAGUCCUCACGUAUCAUCCUAGUCUGCAUGAUUACAUGCAGAAUGUUCAUGGGAAGGAGAUCGACCUGCUUCGGACUACUGUGAAGGUUCCAGGGAAGAGGCCCCCCAGGGCCAUCUCCACAUGUGCGGCCCCCAGUCCCAAAACCAAUGGGCUGACCAAGGACAUGAGUAGCAUGCAGCUCGGACAGACACUAGGCUCUGUGACCAGUAGUUCUUCUGCGUCUCAGAUGGCGAGUGGCAUCAGUCUGGUGUCGUUUAACAGUCGGCCGGAUGGGAUGCAUCAGCGCUCAUACUCUGUGUCCAGCGCUGACCAAUGGAGUGAUGCCACAGUCAUUGCCAACUCAGGAAUCAGCACAGAGACGGGUCUGGGAGAUUCUGUGUGUUCCAGUCCAAGCAUAUCCAGUACUGCCAGUCCAAAGAUAGACCCACCCCCAUCGCCCCACGCCAACCGCAAAAAACACAGGAGGAAGAAGAGUACCAGCAACUUCAAGGUGGACGGCUUCUCUGGAACUGCAGAAGAACAAGAGGACAACUUUGAGUUCAUCAUUGUUUCUCUGACGGGACAGACCUGGAAUUUUGAGGCAACAUCUUAUGAGGAGCGGGACGCAUGGGUUCAGGCCAUCGAGAGCCAGAUUCUGGCAAGUCUACAGUCCUGUGAGAGCAGCAAACAGAAGUCUCGUCUGAGUAGCCAAUCAGAAGCCAUGGCUCUGCAGUCGGUCAGGAACAUGAGAGGAAACACACGCUGUGUGGAUUGUGAAGCCCAGAACCCUGACUGGGCCAGUCUGAACCUGGGGGCUUUGAUCUGUAUAGAAUGUUCAGGCAUUCAUCGCAACCUGGGUACUCACCUGUCCCGUGUCCGCUCUUUGGACCUGGACGAGUGGCCUCUAGAGUUAAUCAAGGUCAUGUCGGCCAUCGGCAAUGAGUUGGCUAAUAGUGUGUGGGAAGCCAAUGCUCAAGGACGCCUAAAGCCUGCCCCUGAUGCCAGCAGAGAGGAACGUGAGCGCUGGAUCAGAGCCAAAUAUGAGCAGAAGAUGUUUUUGGCAUCACUGGCGUGCACAGAGCUGACUUUAGGACAGCAUUUACUGCGGGCCACAGCGGAGGAAGACUUGCGCACUGUGGUCAUACUGCUGGCCCACGGCUCCAGAGAUGAGGUCAACGAAACCUGUGGGGAAGGUGACGGCCGGACAGCCCUCCACCUGGCCUGCCGCAAAGGGAAUGUUGUGAUCACGCAACUGCUUUUAUGGUACGGCGUGGACAUCAUGGCACGGGAUGCUCACGGAAAUACAGCACUGGCAUACGCACGGCAAGCGAACAGUCAGGAGUGCAUGGACGUCCUGCUUCAGUACGGCUGUCCCGACGAGCGUUACCCACUCAUGGCCACUCCAAACCUGUCACGCAGGAACAAUAACCGCAAUAACAGUUGCAGCAGCAUUAACAGUGCAGUUAUAUGAGACAUGAAGAUGCAUUCUGGUCAGCACUCGUCCUCCCUCCCUACACACGCUUUCACAUGUACAGCUCCACCACUACAUCAGAAUCAUAAGACUAUACCAGACACGAGGGAAAGACCCCUGACACUGAUGAUGAUGAUGAAGAUGAAGCACCAUGAGCAGAGCUACUGUGUUUGCCUGAAUUUACAUUCCCACAGGUUGAAAACAACGUCAGGCAAGGGUUUAGCCAAUCAUGUGUCAUUCAUUAUUUUGUGUUUUUUUUGGGGGGGGGGGGUUGGGUGUCCCACAUGUCUCACUGAGCUGUGGAACAAAAAUAAAAAGAGGAUUUUCUGACUGCGCCAGUUUAAGCUACCAAAUGCAUGAUGGGAGAAUAGAGUGUGGAUUUGGGAACAGCGUUCUGCUCCCUGCCUCUUCUCUGUGGAGUCUAAUAGAUGACAAAGCAAGACAGGAAACGAUGGGGCAGCAUAGGAUACUUUUACACUGGAUCUUCACAACGACCCAGAAGAACCAGAGAACUUCACUUUGUCGCCAUGUGCGUCUGGACUUCCAUCUCCCCGAACCUGACUCGGAUUCCUCUGUCUGAUCUCACUCUCUCAGACUUUGCUUUCUAUCUGUUUUUACUAUUUCUUAGUCAGUUACACCAGUAUGUCCAUCAUGUCUUUUAUUCUUCUCUUAUUUUUUAAAGGAAUGUGAAAGGAUGUAAUAACAUUUUUGGAAAAGAGCCAAAAUAUUGAGUCCGUUUGAAGUUUGAAUCUGGUCUUUUAAACGGUUUUUGUGCUCAUUACUGGACCAACGGAAGAUUCUUAAAAACAAGGGUUUUAAGAUUUACAUUUCUCAGAAGUAAAAGGGAAUUAUAGUUGUAUUCACCAGCUUUAAUUAAGCAGAUUUUUAAAAAUCUUUAUACAUAUCAAUCUAGCCUUUUAUGUUGCUCAUUCUUUACUUCAGCUCACAGUGAAGCGUGCAGAACCCGAUCUUAACCCAGAAUUCAGAAGUGCAGGGCUGAAGCUCAGACUGACCUCAAGUGUUCAGCAUUAAAAACUCCACCGAAUAUCAGGAAAACCCAGGACUUUUUAUCGUGCCUCUCUCAGGUCACCUCCGUCUGUUGCUGUUCUCACACUUCACACUGCACCUCAUUUAUCACAUAGAAGAGAAGGGCUCUCUGGGUCUUCAGUCUCAUUGUGUACAUACUCUUCUUCCUUCUCUCUCUCAUUCUGUUUUUCACAUUCUGAGUAGUGUAACUGUUAUAGAAAAGCAUUUCAAGAAAGCACUCCCCGACAAAAGCGGUUUUUAUUAUAUAUUUUCCCUUGCCCUCUUCUUGUUUCAGUGCAGGUUAAGGUGUCUGAAGUUGUGAGUUGCAAAGCUCCCUUUACAUGCUCUCUUUCUCUGAACUGUUCUUCAUAGCUUAAGUUGUCCUCCUUGCCUUUAUCUUCUUUCUUUAUCGUGUGUCAAGUGGAAUUAAAGCAAUACGAAGCCAAAAUUCAGCCAGGUAGAAACAUGAGUAUGAUUUGAUGGGCUUUGACCAUCUCAUCUCGGCUCACGUUGAUUUUACUCUUCGCUAGAGUUUGGAGAUGUGAGAAGAUCUGUUGCAGAAGGAAUAUUCUUCUGCAAUGCAUACUAUCUGGAAAGUGUUUAGGCUAGCUGAUAGACAUUUGGGACUGUGUCGCGAGAAUUUUCCAAGCUCCCGAAGGAAAACUGAGAGUGGAGAAGCUUUAGUGAACAACAUGAGGAUAGAAACACUGAGGUGUGUUGAUUUUCAGCUGGUGAGUGUGUAGUUUUGGCCUUGUAUAUAUCGUAGCAGGCCCUUUAGAGGCUUUACCACAGUAACCAUUAUUUAUGACUAAAUGCACUACAGAACAUAGAUCACUUGUUGUGAAGAACCCACGAAAUAAUGUCUACUCUGAAUCCUUUCUGUGGAAAAACGGUCGUUGUUUUAUUUUUGCAUGAAUGGAUGUUAAUGUUCUCUUCCUUGUGUAAAUGUCUUCAUCUUCAUACACGUAACUGUACUCUGACAGGUGACGCUAAAGUGUCUGCCAUUUUAAUAUAUAUAUAAAAAACCAAACCUUUCAACUUGUGAACAAUUUUUUUUUUCUGCUUCUUUUGGAAUUCAUCUGCUUGUGUAAAACUUCUUUUUGGGUCACCUGUCCAUCUGUAAGUGAACAAAGAAAACAUGAAUAAGCAAAACAAAAAUCCAGCCAUAACAGCAACCAAAGCAUCACGUCACCCCUCGCUGGCGAAUAAUGCAGACUUAAAGGGGGCUUUAUCAGAACGUUCCGAAAUUCUUGACCAUAUCCUCGUUUUAUUUCCGUUUCCAUUCUCUAGUCGUUGCUUUGUGUAAAUAGAUGUAAAAAUGGAGAAGCAAGUAGUGUUUGUUUACGUUGUUUUUGUUUGUGUUCGUUACCUCAUUUCAUCCACAGUCUCCAUGUUACACCCAAACCCAAGAAACCGAUUUAAUUAUUUAUGAAUAUGCUAAUCUGAAAGGGGAGGAGCUCUCUCACACUACUUGGGUUUUGCAUUCGUUCCUUUAUUUAGCCCAUUGGCAUCACAACUAUCAUUCUGAUUCAAAUUAUCGGUGUUGUAUUUCUAAUUAUUCUUGUUAUUAUAUUGAGUUUGUGUCAGCUGUACAGUACUGUGUUGAAAAAUUAUACCUGAUGCAGAGUCUUAUACUGUAAUGUGUCUCUUUUCAAUAAAAUGCUUCUUAAUAUAA